AUGGCCCCACUAAUCCACAUACUCCGCCACGGCGAAGCCCACCACAACACCCAUGCCAACCACCCCUACCGCGACCCUCCCCUAACAAAAGCCGGCCACUACACCACAAAACACAAACACCUCCCCUUCGACCCGGACCUCAUCCUCAUCUCCCCCUUAACCCGCACCAUCCAAACGGCCUUGAACAUGUUUCCUUUUCUCUCCAGCCAACCCUCCCCUGUCCCCGCACACAUCUGGCCCUCGCUCCGCGAAACCCACACUACCAUGAGGAGGGGGGUGGGGGAGUAUGAGGAGGAGAGUGAGGGGGAGGCUGUGGCGAGGGCGGAGAGGGUGAGGCGACGAGUGAUGGAGCUGGUGGAGGAAGGAGGGUAUGAGAAUGUGGUUUUGGUGACGCAUAGUGGGUUUAAAGGGUAUUUGGUUAAGGGGAGGCGGUUUGGGCUUGCGGAGGUGAGGACGUAUCGGGUUGCGAGUCAAGAGGCGGAGGAGGAGGAGGAAGGGGUGAGGUGGGGGGUUGAUUUUGAGACGGGGGUGGAGAGGGAUUAUGGGCCGACGGUUUGGGUGGGGAAGAGGUAG